GCUUUUAGUAUAUUUUCACUUCGCUUGAAAAUAAGCAAAAGGCUGCACUGACUACAUAGUGACUUAAAGUAUUAGCGAUCAACAACUUUUUCCAUAAGCGUUAUCUUAAAAAAAUCAAAAAGUCUGUUAAGACUUGGCAACACAAUCUAUUUACACAUAUUUAAAUAUGUAUGUACAUACAUACAUACAUGCAUAUAUCGGCAUUUUUUAUACAAUUACUAUUAUGCUACUUAUUAUCAUAAUAUUUAAAGUCAUUGUAGUAUAUUAAUAAAUGUUAAACUUACACAAAUAUGUAAAUAUUUUUAUGAAGUGCUGCUGGAUAGAUAACCGAUGUUUGAGUGAAAUUUUAUCUAUAAUCAUAAUCCUACAUAUUCCACCAAUAUUUCAAUCAAAUCAUUACUGCUUUUUAAUACGAGUGCUUUUACAAAAAUUGCAUUGAAAUGCGGAAACCCACACCAAUGGGGUGUCAGUUACUUUGAGAGUAUCAUUUGGAUAACAUUCGAUUGAUUUUAUUUACUUAUUAAAUUUAUUUAUUCAAUGGCUGACCAGUUUUACGGAAAGGAUAACUAUGAUCCAUACGAGCAUCGGAACGUCGUUUCUCCAAUAUCGAAUUUUGGCGCGUUAAUGAAUGUCAUCAAGUCAAUAGUCGGCACUGGUAUAUUGGCUGCACCUAUGGCAUUCCAUAAUGCUGGCUGGCUAAAUGCGCUGAUCAGUUCAGCUAUGAUUGGCAUUAUUGUUUUAUAUUCCAAACAAAUAUUGAUGUGUGGCUUGUACGAGGUAGCUAAGAGACGACGUGUGCCAAUUUUCUCUUAUGCCGACGGCUUGGUGGAGGCGAUAGCUGAAGGACCGCCUUUUAUGCAUGGGUUACAGAAAAUAUUGCGAGGCAGCGUAAAUACUUUGCUUUUCAUCUAUCAUUUUGGUUCCUGUUGCGUUUAUGUAGUUUUUAUAGCAAAUUGCAUAAAGGACUUUGGCGAUCAUUACUGGGCCGUUUGGGAUAGCCGAAUAUACAUGUGUUGCGAAAUCUUACCACUAUGUUUGAUCUACUGUGUGCCAAAUUUGAGGUCAUUAGUUCCUUAUGCAAUGGCAGCGAACUUUUCGCUGGUAAUUGGGUUCGGCAUUAUUUUCUACUAUAUGUUUAGUAAUCUUCAACCAAUUGAAGAACUGCAACAGUUUCAAGAUUUUCGCCUUUAUCCUUUAUUUUUUGGUGCCACAUUGUUUGCAUUAGAGGGAGCAGGAUUGAUUGUAUCUAUUGAGGCGAAGAUGAAAACUCCGAAAUCUUAUGUUGGCAUAACCGGAGUUUUGAGUCGAAGUAUAUUUAUUGUCAUUCUGCUACAGCUAACGUUUGGAUUUUUUGGUUAUUGGCGUUAUGGUGACGGCAUCAAAUCGGCUAUUCUACAGAGUCUACCAUAUGAUGAGAUUCUUGCCAAUAUUGCGCGCGUUAUUUUCGCCUUUUCCAUGUACAUCACCCAUCCUCUACAAGCUUAUGUGUCAAUCGAGGUAAUGUGGGACAAUUGGCUGAAGGACAAGGUCGCAGAAAAAAGGGCAUUCGCGCUGGAAUUAGUCUUUCGAAUGUGUCUGGCGGUUGGCUCAGUGAUAUUCGCCAUAAUUCUUCCCAAUUUGACCUUAAUCAUUUCAUUCGUUGGAGCAUUUUGUCUUUCGUUUCUGGGUCUCAUAUUUCCAGCCCUCAUUGAUAUUUCGAUUAGAUAUAAGACUGACUAUGGACCUGCUAAAAUUUAUCUAAUACUUAGUGUUUUAGUGAUAGCUUUUGGUAUUAUUGGAGGUGCAACCGGUUCUUUUGUUCCAAUUGAACAAAUGAUUAAGCUUUAUAUCGACGGAACGGAUUUGGCCGGUUGAUAAUGGUGAGGAAAGACAGGUGGAUAAGGAAUAGAUUAAGCAUAUUUAUGUAUCAGAGUAAUAAGGAGUAAAAUGACGUUAUAAUUAAGCAAUGUGGGUAUUCACAUCAUAGGUAACAAGUUAAAAAUUAUUAUUUUCCAGUGUAUUUUUAAACUGUACAGUUAAUAAAAUGCUAACCUCAUAGUCAAACAUCCCGAUAAUCAGGCAGAUGUUAAUAGCCCAAAUCUUUGUUGAUGUGUUAUUUAACACUGUAGCCACGCUAAAAUGACACAAAAAUAUGCCGAUACGCGUAAAUUUAAUGGUGGGUCGUAGAUAACGCAUCUGUAUACGGUUUUUCUAGAUCAGCUCAUUUUCCGAAGAUAUGUAUUUUCAUUUUAAAGCUUAGUAUCCAGUUCCUAAGGAAAGGGUCCUAGGAUGUUGACAUCUGAUACUUCGCAGCCUGUUGCCUCCCUAUUUCCUCGCGAAAUAAUGGAACGGGCAUAUAUUUCUGUUGCAAACAUGGGUUUGCGUGUGUGCCUUUAGGAAACGGUAGUAGAAAGCGUAGCAAAUUUCUUAAAAACUGCGUACUGCCUUAAGGAUAUUUGACGCCAGAAAAUUUCUACACUUAAGAAAGUUUUUUUAUAUGGAGUUUUUGCUAUUCUUGCCUGCAGGAUACUAAGCUUAAAUUUGCAUUGCGAAUAAAAAAAUUCAAACAUUAACAUGAAAACUGUUACUCAUAGGUACAGUGAUCAUCCGUCCUUUAUUUAGAAUGACAGUGUUUUAU